AUGCACUUCACAAACAUUUGGUUUCUGGUCUGGAACCUCAUCUGUGGCUUUGCCAACUCGAGAGGUCUACUAAUUGCCGCCCGUCUUCUGGCAGGCUUCGGUGCCAGCGCAGUGUACACUCUCGGAUAUGGUGUAUUAGGUGAUUUAUGGCCACCGGAGCAAAGAGGGCGGUCACUGAGUCUAUAUAUGCUCAUUCCUCUGACCGGCUCGGGUGUUGGUCCGAUCAUUGGCGGUUUCAUAGUCGAGCACUCCAGUUGGCGCUGGAUGUUCUGGGCAACAGCCAUUCUACAAGGUGUACUCGAACUGUGCUCUCUUCCUAUCGUCUACGAGUCUUACGCACCUCUUCUCCUUCGCCGGCGAGCCCAGAAGAUGCGCAAAGAGACGGGCGACUCCCGCUACUACGCCGAGGUCGAGACGCGCGAGGUCGGCCGCUCUGCCAUGUGGUUGUUGAGCCAUAAUCUCUCGCGGCCUCUCCGGCUCCUGGCCUUCCACCCAAUCAUUCAGAUUCAGGCCCUUUUGGGCGGUAUUAACUAUGGUCUCCUCUACUUCGCGCUCUCCAGCUUCUCUGCCCUCUACGUGUCCGCAUAUGGCGAGUCCAUAUCUAUUUCGGGCCUCCACUACAUCGCAAUCUGUACCGGCACCAUCACCGGCGCGCAACUUUGCGGGCCACUGAUGGAUUACGUCUACAAGACCCUCAAAGCACGGCGUGUGGGCAACAGCCCCAACCCCGAGCUCCGUGUGCCGCUCUUGCUGCCCGGCGUUUUGUUAACGCCGCUGGGUCUUCUCCUGUACGGCUGGGCGGCCCAGUACCACCUCUUCUGGGUUGUCGUGGACAUUGGCGCCGCCUUGCUAUCUAUGGGCAUGCAGAUCUUCGAUGACACGCUGAGAGCGUACGUGAUGGAUGCGUACCCCGAGCAUGUCAGCUCGGCGUCGGCCGCCACGCAGUUGCUGAGGAGUCUUCUGGCGUUUGCGUUCCCGUUGUUUGCAGACAAGAUGUAUUCAGCGCUAGGAUACGGAUGGGGAAACAGUCUAUUGGCCUUCCUCUCGUUCGGCAUCGCCCUGCCAUCGACGGGUGUGCUUUGGCGCUUUGGUGCGAAAUUGAGAGCUAAGAAACAGUCAAGCUAUUAG